CACUAUGUUUUCCUUCCUACUCCCCCCAACCAGGCUUUUGUAUCUAACUACUUGCAAUGAAAUCAUGUGCCGCCUUCACGAGACCUUUCGGCAUCGGCAGUCCUAGGUGACAAUGAACAGACGUUCUUGAAUUACGACCGCACUGCCUGGAAGAACGGAGAGCUGUCCCACGUGUUCACACUAAAAAAGUAGCAAACUAAUCUGAUCAGCCCGCCAAAAAAUACAUUAAAUAUCUGCACAGCACAGGAAACCGGGAAUUUUGGAUUGUGCUGCGCAGUGCACUUUAAAACAGUAUGCAUAAUAACGAAGACCCUUUCUCGACUGAAGCUGGCACUACUAAAUCGGGGCCAAGUGGUAAUACCCCGAUGCCCAAACAAGGGGGGUUGGGGAAACCAGGGCAGCAAAGUGCACUGCAGCUUUCACCAGCUAAGAAAAUGCCCCGGCUACCCAAGUGUGCACGAUGCAGAAACCAUGGCUAUUCUUCCCCUUUGAAAGGGCACAAACGUUACUGUUUAUGGCGAGACUGCCAAUGUAAGAAGUGCAGUCUCAUCGCUGAGAGACAGCGGGUGAUGGCGGCCCAGGUUGCCCUUCGAAGACAGCAGGCCCAGGAGGAGGAACUUGGAAUCAGCCACCCCAUUCCACUGCCCAGUGCAGCAGAGUUAGUUGUAAAGAAGGAAACCAAUGCUGGUGAAAAUUGUCUACUUCUUGAUGGAGGAGGUGGAUCGUCAGUGCAGCCUGCAAAUGCUGCUGUUCCUAUUACUUCAUCCAGUACAGAGGGACAUCCUCUUUCUCAUGACGCCCCACCAGUGUCCACAAGAGGGCACCUGAACAACACACCAGAUUUGGUUGUCGAUCCUUUUUACAGUAGUUUCUACCAGCCUUCCCUUUAUCCGUAUUGUAACAGCAUAUACAGUUAUCCACCGUACCAGGUGGCAGUGGCAGCAGAUACUUCCGCUGAAAUGAGUACAGCUCUGGGAUCGGCUCCAGUGAAAAACAGUCUUCGCGGACUCCCUUCUUCCUACAUGCCUAGCCAAGCAGGAAACUGGCAGAUGAAGGCUGCUGAGCCCCGAUUGCCUAGUCACAAUAUGGCUUCUCAAUACAGAAUGCAUUCCUAUUAUCCUGCUGCUUCAUACCUUGGGCAAAGUGUCAGCACUGCUGCCUGUGUACCCCAGAUAUACACAUUUGAAGAUAGUCCUUCAUACUGUGAAGUGAAGACAAGUGUCUUCUCGCCAUCUAGCAGCCAAGACUCUGGCUUGGUUUCCCUGUCUAGUGGCUCUCCUGUGAACAAUGACAGUACUAAACCAGAGUGUGAAGCUGCGUCCAAAACAGGCACUUUUGGUGUAGAUACCAUGAUUGAAGAUGGAGAAUGAGCCGCCUUGUCCUAAACCAAGAGCAAUGCAAAUCAGUAUAAUCAACAUGAGGCAGCAACAACUGUGUCUACAGAGCCUUCCUUCUCUUUCACUCAAUAUUGCAUUGCUACAUAGAUCAUGCCAAGUACAGAUGGGGUUUUAUGAUGGUUUUAGUGGCACUGCACCAAUAAAGUUGCAAGGAUUAAUUUGCCUGGCACUGCAUAGUUUUAUUGCAAUAUAUAACUUUUUGUAUAUUAAGUUCAUUUUCUUGAUCAGAAUCAGUCAUAUCUGAUAUUGAGAAAAAAUGUAUGUCAUUGAAUAGUCUUUUAAGUACAUCAUGGACUGUCUAAGUUUGGAUCAGUCUAAUGAUAGUGACUAAUCUGACAUUCAGUGCUGAUGUAAUUAAUAAAUGGGCUACUUUUUUUAUAAAUAAUUUGUAAAUUUCAGACAUUCAAAAUUGAAAAUGUAUACAGUUGGCUUAAAAUUGAUUUCUUCAAUCUGUUUAAGUGAAAGGGUGUAAUAAUUAGGCCGGAUGUUUGAAUUAAAAGUAAUUACUUUUUGUCACAGGGCUGACUGUAACAAUGUUCCUUAUGUUGAAUGACACUCCGCUGUCAUAAUUAAUUUUCACAAGGCCAGAGAUGAACUGCAAGUGAUGUAUACAGAAAUGCUAUCUUCAAAGCUUGCAACUAAAGAGUAAACUAACGUCUUAUGUUAGCAUUCAUUCUGCAUGUCUAAGUCUGUCUUUAGGAUAAAGACUCCAAACUUUUCUGUCACAGGUACGCAUACUGUAGUUAACAUAACACUUCUGUUACAGAUAUGGUUGUUAUCUAUAUUGAAUAUUAGGAGAUGGCAGAAACUCAUAAAGUAGUAGUUAUGUGGGUUUUAGAAACUGUUUUUGCAAUUUUUGAUAGAUGUGUGUGCAGCUUGUGAAAAUGUUUCAGCAUGCUGUGAUUUGGCAAACUGUCUUAAAGGAAUGUUUUGUAUAUUAAAGUUUGAUUGCAUUUAAAAAGUCAA